AUGUUUCAGCCCACCGAUGCAAGCGCUUUGGCCUCAGGACCGCACCCGUUGACUCAACGGAUCAACGAAGAACAGGCGGUUCUCGAGUUCCACGAUGACGAUCGUCGAUUGUUGGAACAAGAUCCGCCAGCAUCUUCGAGCUACGGUGCGGUAACCUCAGCAGCAGCCGGGGGGGGGGGGCUCGCAGACGGGCGCCGAGAAGGUGGACGACAACACCCGGCGGCGCUAAACCUUGGCUGGGGGGCGCGCCUCUACCUCUGCGUUCUGUUGGUGGUCGGCGUGUCCGGGCUGGUCGCGCUGUCUGGAGUCUUUCGCAACUCUCCCGGGAGCGUAUCCCUGGAGACCGAUGCCGCGUUCCCCUUCACCACCACCACAAAACACCUUCUGAGGCCGGGGCCGCUUUGGGGAGCAGUGACCGGACCCUACCCCACAGGGGCUUGGUGGCUAAACUUGGCGAUCGGGGAGGGAGACUUUCCGGUGGCUCCCUUGCCGUACACGAUCAAGUCGUCGGACGCAGGAGUCGGCGUCUCGUACUCGGCGAUGCGGCGGGUGGAGUCCCUGGAGCGCGUGGCGGACGCCUACGCCGCAGACCUCAGCGUGUCCGCAAAGGAAGGAGUGACCGGUCGACACAUCGUCAAGUACGAUAACCUUACGGUGACUCUCCAGCACGACGCGGCCAACGAGGGGAACUUCCGCACGCUGCUUGCGCGCGGCUCGCCGUACAUGACGUUCGAGUUCGCCGGGGCCACCCCUCGGAUCAAGGCCAACGGAGACAUCCUCGAGAUCAACGGAAAGAAGGCUGAGGCGGGCGCUUCCUUGUUCGCGACCACUUUCAAGCUGGCGCUCAGCAAUUGGGAGACGUGGGUGGUCUUCACUUCGGAGUCUGUGACAUGGAAGGUUACUUCGUUGCAGGAAGUCGAGAUGAAGGCCCCCUUCUCGGGCAUCGUGCGCGUGGCGGUUCUGCCGCACCCGUGGGACUCGGAGGGCGAGAUGACCCUGUCGGAGCACGCCUACGCCUACCCCAGGGGGGGGCGUGUGGCGUUCGACGUCGACGGGGACGGGAUGGAGAUGAGAUACGAGUGGGAUAAGGACGGCUUCGGCGACCUUCUGAUGAUGGCGCUGCCCCACCACAUGGACACCAUGGGCGCAGGGGCAGACAUCGCGGUCGUCAUGGCGGACAGCUACCAGUGCAUCAAGGGCCCCAUGACCGGGAUCGUGGGGAGCGUCUGGACCAUGUGGGACAACCUCACGGACAUCGCCUGGACCGCCAGAACUCCGCUCCAGGAGGCCGCGCUGUCGAUCGACGACCCCCUCCUGUCCCUGUCGUGGGAGAGGCGGAUGCGCGACGCCCUCGCCGCCGAUCUCAACUCGGUGCUGCCGUCGGCGCCGGACGUAUACUCCUUCGGGAAGGAGAUCUCAAGGAUGGCGAGGCUCGCCCUUGUCGCCGACGAGCUUGGCGACAUUCCUGCGCGAGAGGCCGCUCUGACCACGGUGGGGGUCUACCUGACCCCCUGGAUGAAGAAUGACAAUGAGGACCUCCUGGUUUACGACAAGACCUGGGGAGGCAUCGUCACCAAGGACGGCCUCAACAACCAGAACGCCGACUACGGCAACGCCUGGUACAACGACCACACCUACCACUACGGGUACCUGCUAUACGCGGCGGCGGUGCUCACCAAGUUCCGACCGGUCUUCCACCGGACGUACAAGAAACAGCUCGACUUCCUCGUGGCGGACGUGGCCACGAUGGGGGGAGGAAAGAUGGCGAAAUACUUUCCGACAGCAAGACAGAAGGACUUCUACGACGGCCAUAGCUGGACCUCCGGAAUGUUCCCGCAGGGGAACGGCAAGUCCCAGGAGUCCGUGUCCGAGAGCAUUAACGCCUACUACGGUGUGUACCUCCUCGGCUUGGCCACCGGGGACGACGCCAUGAAGGACUGGGGCCGGGUAUUGCUCGCGAUGGAGGUUCGGGCCGCUCGAAAGUACUGGCAGAUGCCCAGACACAACGGGGUGUACGACUCCUACUUUUCCUCCCACCGCAUGGUCGGGAUGGUGGCAUCGCUCGAGGCGGUGCAGCUUACAUGGUUCGGCGACAAUGUCGAGUACGUCCACUGCAUCAACAUGAUGCCCUUCACCCCCAUCACGGAGGACCUCUUGCACCGGGACUUCAUGGAGCAGGAGUGGCCCGUCCUCGAGGCCGCCUUCGACGGUAGAGAGCCAGACCCGCAGUGGGCCGGGUUCAUCUACCUGGCGGCUUCGGUCGUGCUUCCCGUGGAAGCGUGGGCCAACCUCACGGCCCUCGACAUCUUCGACAGCGGCAACUCCAAGACCAACAGCCUCUACUGGAUAGCCACGCGCCCGUCGGCGGGAGGUGCGAGAUAAAAAAAACUUGUAAUUGCGCCCCUGCGGUCGCAACACGCCCAUUGCUUCGCCUUUGCUUGCUGUUCUUUUGCCGAUGCUGCAGCACCUCUUUCCCGCCGGCCAGAGUAUCCUUCUCAAAUGGUCGAGAAGCUCACGUCCGUACUUCCGUACCUCC